ACUUCUACAGAAAUCCUUUCGAAAUAGAAAAAAACCUGAUAAGGAUUGCCCGAUCGUGUUUUAGGGCGAAAUAAAGACACGCUAUGUCUUAGCGCCUAAAUGUCGCUACAAAAUGGAAGGAAAAGGACAUCAUCUCCUAAAGACUGUUGUUAAAAAGUGUCCACAUACAGUAUUUUACAGCAAAUUUACCAGAGAAGUUCCAUAUAAGAAAGUUGGUAGACCUCAAAAUGUAUCUGAACUGAUAAGACAGGCUAUUGAUGGUUUUGAAGAUGUCACAUUUGUACCCUAUCGUUUGAUUGGCUAUUGUUUGGGACGUUCAUUUACUCAGUCUUCCAUUGAAAUAGAACCAGUUGAUGGACAAGUUAAAAACAAAGGCAUACAUACAUAUAUAUCAGUCCCAGCUGCAGAAGGAUUCCAUUCAAUCUUUAAAGAUGGAUUUGAACGACUGCAACAAAGUAUUGAUGGGAAUAUUAGUAGUUCUGAUACAGAAUCUUCAAAUAAGGACAAUUUGGAGGAUUCAAUCAGUGAUUUAAAGGCUGGAUUUCUUAGGAAAAUAGAUUUCCAUGAAAAGUGUUUGCAGGAUAUAAAGGACAUACCUUGGCAUAUUCAAGAACCAGAAAUGUUUGUCACAGAACUUUUAGCCAAUCAUCUGUUUUCAAAACUAACAAUGUCAUCUGUUGUCAUAGCAAAAGAUAACUGUACAAAGAUAUCCAAAUGUCCCUGCAGUAGAUGUAAUGAUAAUAUACAGUUUAAUAAUUUUGGAAUUGGAAGUGAAUGGCUUUGGUAUGGGGCGCCUGAUAUUGUUGUUUACAAAAGUGAGGAGGAAAUAAACAGUAUAGCAUUACCAAAUUCAAAUGAAGACGAAAGAGAGGACAAGGAAAUAAUAAAAGAGUUAGAUUUUGAAGAACAGCAGAUACUGAAAGUUCAGAAACAGUCGGAGAUAUUGAGAUAUCCCAGUAACGUAUCAAAAUUUGUGGCUCAUGUCAUUACAUUUUCAUAUUAUCAAAAGGCUUUCCAACAUAGACAUAGGAACAUAGAAAAUUUACAAAAAAAUGUUUCUCUUGUGCCACUAAUUGCCAUAAAUGGAAACUUUUUUGAUGUCUAUUUGUAUGAUUGUGAAAAAGAUAUCUUGCUAAGGAAUGCAAAUCAGAUUUCGUUGUGGAAUGAACCUGAGUUUAAAUGUUCAGCUGAUUUUGAGUUUCCAGAACCGACACUCAAUUUGUCAUCUGUACUUAUGAUGUGGAUGAUGAUGAAUCAUUUGAAAAUUAUGCCUAGUCUUUCGGACGAGACAGUUCUUAGACUAAAAAGGUCAUGUGGUCUUGAUUUGUCUGUUGAACUACGGAAAGCAAUUGGAAAAACAGUCAAACUUAAGAAGAAUUUUUAUCCAUUGCAAUCAAGUGGUAGUGAGGUUAUUGAACCGUAUUUCAGUCAGAGGUGGAAAGUUGAAAGUCAAUAGUAGACAAUGAAAAAAUCCAAGAUAUACUUUUUUUAAAUAAAAAUGUAUACAUACUAUGUAGCAUUUCAAGUUGAGACUAGGUUUUUAGUA